AUGGAGACAGUAAUGAAGAUGAGAUUUAAAAGCUGUUUUUUCUUCCUAGUUACAAUGUAUUCAGGCAAACUCUUUGCAGAAGGUAAACCUUGUGAUUUGCCAUACAUAGAAAAUGGAAAGAUUGCCCAGUACUAUUAUAAUUUCAAAAGUUACUAUUUCCCUAUGCAUAAGGAAAAAAAACUUUCCUAUUCUUGUAUGGUUGGUUAUACAACUGAAGCUGGGACUCAAAAUGGAAGAGUAACUUGUACAGCAGAAGGAUGGUCUCCAGUGCCACAAUGCUACAAAAAAUGUAACAAGCCUCUUUUAGAAAAUGGCUUUUUUUAUGGUACAGAAAUGUACUUCAAAAUACAUGAGAAACUGCAAUACAAAUGUAAUCCAGGCUACCACACUCCAAGCGGUGGUACUGAAGAUACAGUACAAUGUCAGCCAGAAGGAUGGUCUUCCCAGCCCAGCUGUACUAAAAAAUUGGAGUCGUGUCAAGUACCCAAUUUACAGCAUGGCAGCUACUUCACAGUCCAACAAGAGUUUCAACUGAAUGAAACACUGCUAUACAAAUGUGAUGAGGGAUAUCAUACUGCAGGAGGAAACACUACAGAAGAAGCAGUGUGUCUAACACAUGGGUGGUCCCUUACUCCAAACUGCGCUAAAAUGACUUGCUCUUCUUUGAGCGCAAUAGCACAUGGAGGUUUCUAUCCUAUGAAGAAAAUCUAUGAAGAGGGAGAUGUAGUUCACUUUUUCUGUGAGGAAAAUUAUUCUGUCACUGAAUUUGACCUAAUUCAAUGUUAUUAUUUCGGAUGGCAUCCAGACCCUCCAGUAUGUGAAGCUGUAAAAAAUAAAUGUCCUCCACCACCGCUUCCUCCUCAUGCCCAUAUCAUCACAGUUAGAAGAACAUAUCAUAACGGAGACAAAGUUCGUAUACAGUGUCCAAGUACCUUUGAAAUAAGAGGAUCUGAGGAAAUCCAGUGUGACAAAGGAAAAUGGACAUCACCUCCUAUUUGUAUUGGAACUAUGGAUAAAUGGGAAUCUGAGGCACCAUCAUCACUCGAGGCAGAUGCAGCAAUAAGGGCAAGCAAAACAUAUCGCAGUGAAGAUAUGAAAAUGCAGCAAGACUGUACCUCUCCACCUGUGAUUAAAAAUGGUGGUGUUCUUGGUCCAUUAUUAACAAGUUACAAAAAUGGUUCCUCAGUAGAAUAUGGUUGUCAACAUUACCAUUUUUUGGAUGGACCUAGUACUGUUUACUGCAAACAAGGAAACUGGACAGAACAACCAACUUGCUUAGAACCAUGCACUCUUAACAGAACUGAUAUGAACAGCAACAACAUAGAGUUGAAAUGGAGACAGGAAGAAUUAAUUUUCCUACACGGUGAUCUCGUAGAGUUUGAAUGUAAACAGGGAUACAAUUUUCUCCAGACUACCAUUCCAUCUCCUGGGAGGACACAGUGUAACCACGGCAGACUGAAAUAUCCGAAAUGCAUUAUGCAAGCUCCUACAGAAAAAUGUGACUCUCCACCUUCUAUUGCAAAUGGAGCUCUUACUCUCCCACCCUUGACCCAGUAUGACAGUGGUUCUUCAGUUCAGUAUAGUUGCUCUGACUAUCAUUUUUUGCAAGGAUCCGAGAGAAUCUACUGUUCUGAAGGACAGUGGACUUCACCACCAGUUUGUAUAGAGCCAUGUACUUUGUCAAAAAAUGAAAUGGAGAAAAAUAAUGUGCUGCUGCAAGAGUUCUAUGAGAAUCAAGUUUACCUUUACCAUGGGGAUUAUGUUGGAUUUUACUGUAAACAGAAUCAUAUUGGAGCAGAAUCUGGUACAACUUUAUUUCAAGUGCAGUGUAAGAGAGGACAGCUGAUGUAUCCAAGAUGUGUUGAAAGAUGA